UUCCUGGGUGCCCCACCCCUGGGUGAGAAGAAGCAGACCCUGUCAGGGAAGCUGCGCCCCUACCCCGCUCCCCCAAAGCGCGCACGGUGCUGCUUGUGUUCCUCAGAUGGGUAGACAAGAUAACAGGCAGCGUGUGCUUUAAAUAACUUAUUCUAUACUUGGAAGCUACGUUGCUGUUGCCAGCAGCUUCUUAGUAAUUGUAUGGACCAAUAAUGUAUAAAGAGAAUACUGUUUGGAAUGGUGUAUUAUAAACUUCAGUGAACCCGUGGUUCAUGAAUAAUUAAAAAACUACCUACAUACUGAUGCCUCCAGAAUCAGUUGCAGAUUGAAAUACUGCUCAUGUUACCAUUCAGCAAGGAAGAAACAAGUUGGAAUAAAAAUGGAUAUGAUGGCUCGAAGUUAUUUGCUUCAGAAUUGCGAGGCAUUGGAAAGAGAUAUCAAGACUUCUUACAUAAUGGAUCAUAUGAUUGCGGAUGAAGCAUUAACAUUGCUGGAAGAGGAGAAAGUAAAAGCCCAGACUACACAGAGAGAACGAGCAGCUAUGUUAGUAAAAAUAAUUCUUGCCAAAGAUAAUUAUGCUUACGUAUCCUUCUAUAAUGCGCUGCUUCAUGAGGGAUACAAAGAUCUUGCUGCCCUUCUCCAGGAUGGCAUCCCUAUUCUUUCUCCUUAUAAUGGAAAGAAUUCUAUGGAUGGAGUAACUUCAUAUGUUAAGACAAUUCUCUGUGAAGGUGGUGUUCCACAGCGACCAGUAGUGUUCGUCACUCGUCCAGAACUAGCAAAUAGAAUUCAACAGAAAUUGUAUAAAUUAAAAAACGAUCCAGGAUGGGUUAUUGUUUAUGGCAUGGCAGGCUGUGGAAAGACUGUUUUGGCGGCAGAAGCAUUACGUGACCACAGUCUUUUGAAAGAUUGUUUCCCAGGAGGAGUACAUUGGGUUUCUGUUGGGAAACAAGACAAAGCAGGUCUGUUAAUGAAACUCCAAAAUCUCUGUCUAAGAUUAGACCAGGACUUCACUUACUCUCAGAGGCCACCACUUAAUAUAGAGGAAGCUAAAGAUCGCCUUCGUUUGCUAUUUUUGCGCAAAUACCCAAGGUCUCUCUUGGUGCUUGAUGACAUUUGGGAUUCCUGGGUAUUAAAAUCCUUUGACAGUCAUUGCCAGGUUCUUAUCACUAGUAGAGAUAGGAGUGUAACAGAUUCUGUAGCUGGCAAGAAAUAUGAAGUUCCUGUGGAAAGUGGACUAACACAGGAAAAAUCACUUGAAAUAUUAUCUCGGUUUGUUAAUAUAGAAAUAACAGAACUACCAGAAAAAGCUGAUUGUAUUGUAAAAGAAUGCAAAGGUUCUCCUCUUGUGGUAUCUUUGAUAGGAGCAUUAUUAAGAGAUUUCCCCAAUCGCUGGGAAUACUACCUUAAACAACUUCAAAAUAAGCAAUUUAAAAGAAUAAGGAAAUCAUCAUCUUAUGAUUAUGAAGCACUUGAUGAAGCCAUGUCCAUAAGUGUUGAAAUGUUGCCAAAAGAUUUCAAAGACUAUUACAGAGAUCUUUCUGUCCUUCAAAAGGAUGUUAAAGUGCCUUCAAAGGUAUUCUGUAUUCUUUGGGAUAUGGAGACAGAGGAAGCCGAAGACAUACUGCAAGAAUUUGUUAACAAAUCUCUCCUGUUCUGUGAUCGGAAUGGAAAAUCAUUCCAGUAUUACUUGCAUGAUCUCCAGCUUGACUUUCUAACAGAGAAGAAUCGCUCUCAGCUUCAAGCACUACAUAAAAAAGUAGUUGAUCAAUACAAGAAAUGUUAUAAACAGUAUAUACCAUCACAAGAAGACUGCAUGUACUGGUAUAAUUUUCUGGCUUACCAUAUGGCAAGUGCCAAUAUGCACAAUGAACUCUGCGCUCUCAUGUUUUCACUAGACUGGAUUAAAACCAAAACAGAAUUGGUAGGACCUGCUCAUUUAAUUCAUGAAUAUGCUGAAUACAGUCAAAUAUUGGAUGAAAAGGAUGCCAUUGCACGUGAAAACUUCCAGGAAUUUCUAUCCUUAAAUGGGCACCUCCUUGGGCGGCAACCAUUUCCAGACAUUGUACAGCUGGGUCUAUGUCAACCAGAAAGUUCAGAAGUCUAUCGGCAAGCAAAGCUAAAAGCUCAGCAAGAAGUUGAGAAUGGAUCAUUUUAUGUGGAAUGGAUAAAUAAAAAAUCCAUGAAGAACAUGUACCGUUUGGUUGUGCGUCCACAUACAGAUGCUGUUUACCAUGCUUGUUUUUCCCAGGAUAGACAAAGAAUAGCUUCAUGUGGAGCUGAUAAAAUGCUGCAGGUGUUUAAAGCUGGAAGUGGAGAAAAACUUUUGGAAGUGAAAGCUCAUGACGAUGAAGUGCUGUGUUGCACCUUUUCAGCAGAUGACAGAUUUGUUGCCACUUGUUCAGCAGAUAGAAAAGUAAAAGUCUGGAAUUCAAGAACAGGCCAGCUUCUGUGUGUGUUUGAAGAACAUGCAGAGCAGGUCAACUGCUGCCAGUUUAACAAUACAAAUCACCGCCCAUUUCUAUUGGCUACAUGUUCAAAUGACACUUUUGUCAAACUCUGGGAUUUGAACAAGAAACAGUGUCGUAAUACACUGUUUGGUCACAGUAGUUCUGUUACUCACUGCAGAUUUUCACCGGAUGAUAAGUAUGUGGCUAGUUGCUCAGCAGAUGGAACUUUAAAGCUUUGGUAUGCACAUUCGGCAAAUGAACUGAAAACUAUUGACAUAGGAGACUGCUUUAGAAAUGUGGAUGAGUACCAGGAUGAUGUGGAAGUCUUAGUGAAGUGUUGCUCCUGGUCAUCUAAUGGUACUACAGUGUUGGUGGCAGCGAAAAACAGGCUUUUUCUUUUUGACGUUAAGACCAGUGAUUUGUUGACAGAGGUUCUUAUAAGCCACCACAGCACUAUUCAGUACUGUGACUUUUGUCCCAACAGCCAGAUGGUUGCAGUUGCUUUAUCACAUUAUUCUGUUGAGAUAUGGAAUAUUGAAUCCUCUUCCAAAAUUGCUGACUGCCGAGGACAUAUGAGUUGGGUCCAUUCUGUGACAUUUUCACUUGAUGGGUCAUUAUUUCUCACUUCUUCUGAUGACCAGACAAUAAGGAUAUGGGAGACAAAGAAGGUGUGUGAGUCCUCUGCUGUUGUGUUGAAACGUGAAAUAGAUGUUUUGUUUCCUGUUAAUGAAGUUUUCAUCUUGGCUAUUGACAAUAUGAAGCAUCUGCAACUAAUUAAUGGCUUCACAGGCCAUACUGUUUAUCAGACUGAAGAACAGGAGCCUUUCAUUAGCUGCUGUUGCCUAUAUGAAGACCUUCAGACUGCAGCAUUUGGAGAGAAGAAUGGAACAGUAAAGGUAUUAAAUCUGUCAAGUGGGAAUAUUUUAAAAUCCAGAACUGGACACAAGGAAGCUGUACAGCACUGCCAGUUUACUUCUGAUGGGAAAACACUCAUUUCAAGCUCUGAUGACUCAACUAUACAGGUGUGGAAUUGGCAAACAGAGGAAUUUAUUCUCCUGAAAGGUCACAAGGAACCUGUCAAGAAUUUUCACCUUCUAAAACACUCAGGGCUUCUUUCAUGGUCAUUUGAUGGGACAGUUAAGCUCUGGAACACAGUUACAGGAGAACUUGAGAGAGAUAUCAUUUGCCAUGAAGACACCAUUCUUUCUUGUGUAAUUUCACCCAAUACCACUAUGUUUUCCACUACCUCUGCUGACAAGACUGCCAAGGUAUGGAGUUUUGAAAGUUCAUCGGUUCUUCAUAAGCUGAAUGGUCAUGACGGCUGUGUGAGGUGCUGUGCCUUCUCCCUUGACAAUGAAUUGUUAGCCACAGGAGAUGACAAUGGAGAAAUACGGGUUUGGAAUGUAUUGAGAGGAGAACUGCUUCACCUCUAUUCCCAUGCUUCAAAGAGUGAGGGAGAAUCAGCCUACGGAGGCUGGGUAACAGACCUUCGCUUUUCCCCUGAUAGUCAGAUACUUGUUUCUUCUGGGGGAUGCAUUCAGUGGUGGAAUGUAGCUACUGGGCAACUCCUACAAACAUUCUAUACAAAUGGAACAGACCUUAAAUCAUUACACGUUUCUCCAGAUUUCAAAGUAUGUGUGACUGUUGAUAAUCUUGGCAUUCUUUACGUGCUACAGAUUAUGAAAUAAAUCUGUUUAAAACUGA